AUAGAUGAAAAGAUAAUAGCAUUAAAGUUAUUUAUUAAAGAGAACUAUGUUUUAAAUUUUCUAAAAUCUUUUAUUAAAUUUUGUUCAGAAGAAACCGAAUAUCAACUUUUAAAUUAUCAAAAAACAUCAGUUACUUUAAUGCUCAAUUUUAUUAAAUCAAUACCAAAUGAACAUUCCGAGCUUUGUGACCAAGUAAUGAAAAUUAUUGGGAACCUUGAAGCUUUUGAAGUUUGUGUUUAUUGUUCCAAGGAAAUCCCAAUUGGAGAACAGGUCGAAAAUGUUAUUGAAUGUCCAGAAUGCCACAGUGAUAUUGAAAGAUGCUCAAGAACAUUUUUACUUAUUAACACACCAAAAACAUUAAAUUGUGACUAUUGCUACUCAAGAUCAUUAGUAUUUUCAAAUGAAGAACCAGUAGAAAACCCAACAAAAAAAGUUUUGGACCAAGCAAUUUUUGAAACAUCAUCGAUGCGAUAUGAAUUUUCAUGGGUUAAGUCUCAUGACUCUGCUUGUGUAUACUGUAGAACUCCUCUUAAUGGUUUAUUGACAAAUGAUAGAGUAAUAAAUUAUAAGCAGAUUAAAAAUUAA